AUAACAAUGACUAACACAAAGGCGCGGGGGUUGGGUUCUCUCUGUCCCAUAGUUUGCAUCAAAUGUAGGAGGUGAUUGGCCCUGCUCGUGCGAGAUCGUGUUUGCACAGUGUCCUGUCCAUUGUUGUCUGCGUCGCACAGUUCAUGCUUGUAUGUGCUUGUUCAGUCAGUCAUCCUUGGAAAUGUUUGUUGUGAUAUGUCACUAAUGUCCGUUUUUUAGUCUUUGAGUUUGUACACAGGUCCAAAAUGAAUGUGCGACUGCCUGGCUGACUGGAUGUGCGGCUGACUCGAUGUCCGACUGCCCGAUGUGCAGGUUGAGUAGUUUUUCCUUGUUGUUCAGGUAGCAGGGGUGGCUCUUUACCCUCAGAAUUUGAUCGACCCUGCCCGUGCGAGAUCACGUCUGUCAUUUUGCCUGUAUAUUCGGCGUUUUGUGACUCGUUCGUGUAUGUGCAUGUUUUGUUCUGUCAUUUCAACAAAAAUGUUGUUUCCGCAGUCACUAACUCUUGUUUUAGUGUUUGUGUUCGCAUGCAGACACUGACUGGAUGUGUGACUGCCUGGCUAACUGAAUGUGGGACUGUGUGGCUGAUUGGGUGUGUGGAUGCCUGGCUGACUGGAUGUGCAGCCACCAUGGAAGCAGACACUUCCCACUGUCCCUGCUGUCGGGAGGCAUACGACAAGAGCCGCAAGCGGAAACUGACGGACGCCUGCGGACACGCUCGAUGCUAUGCCUGUAUGUUCUCCAUUGAAUCCUGUCCGCUGUGUGCCACAAAAGAGCCCACCCUUCAGAAUGGUGAGACAGAACCAGAUAGAGUACCACGCAGCAACAAACCUCCCACCCCACCCCCUAAGCCCAAAAAUAGAACACCGCGGAGUUCCAUGCAUGUCACCACACCUACCUCACCCAUCGCCCCAACAGGUCCUGUUCAGAGACGCAAGUUUUUUGAUGACCCCACCAUGAGUCCAUCUGCUUUGGCACAAUACACCAAUAGACAAGAUCCUCCAGCACCGCCGCAGCUCUUCAUCCCACCUCCCCCAUCCCAGGACCCAACCUCUGACGAGGGCAGUGAGUCAUCCUACGACACCGGGGAUAUCAGUGACUGCGACUCCUGCAAAGAUGACAGGCGCACUCCUCCACCAGCCCCCUCUGAGGCUGCCGAAGCUUUGAUGGAUCGUCUGGGUUUUCUCUUCAAGCAAGCCCAGAUGCCCCCUCCUCCCGAGUCUCCAUCUAGUGAGCGAACUGUCCAGGCCACCUUCUUCCCUCCCCUGCACAGCACUCCCGUGGCCAACACGGCAGUCCUGCGGGAUCGGAGCCAGUCAUUCCCAGUAGCCGAAACCAGAACCUCAGAAGGGCUGGAAGGCAACAAGCACCAGGGACAGGAGUCAAACUCGAGACAACCCACGCAAGGACGACAAGGAUUCCAGAUCCAACAGGCCAAAAAGUGGUCCUCUGUCAAACAAGCGAAUCCGGAUAACAGUGGGAAUCAAAUUUUCAAGGGUAGGAGUAGUCUAAGAACUUCAGCUGAGCUUGCAUCACAGAGGCCACAGCCUCUGACCUCUGCUAAUCAGGCCAAGCAGCUGGUCGAUCCGAAGGUCACAAAGCCCGUCGUGCAGGAAGCCAAAGUUCGCCGGACUGUUCAGGAGUACACCCAGAAUCCGGCCGUGUAUGAAAACCCUGUUGACAUCCAGCCAAAUGUGGGCAAGGACAGAAAGGUGAAUGGCGCUGCCACAAAUGGAGGGCAGAAUAGGCCAAAUAGUUUCAUUGGCCAGGACAGUGAAAAAGCCAAUGUUCCUGUCCGUGCUCACACCAUCGAUUCGCGAGUGUCAAAAACCAAAGAGAGUCAACCACCCAUCCCAGCCCCUAAGCCUUCCUCCAGACCAGGGAGUUAUCACAAUCAGGAAAUGGGAAAGUCAUGUCUUGAAGAGCAGCUCAAGGAACUAUUCAAUUCUGCUGAUGCAGAACAGCAAGAAGAACAGGACAGACCAGUCAUGGACACAAAGUCGCCAUCUGUCCGGGAAAAGCCAAUUGUACCUCCGAAAGCUGCAAGAUCGCCGUCCUCGCAGAAAUCCAAUUCACCAUCUCCGUCGAAAGAAAAAUCAGAGACCACGGCUAUUAGACACAGUACUCCGGUUGGUGGCGUCCUACAACAGAAUGAUCUGGCCAAUCAGAGACCUCGCAGCAUGGAGCACAUUCGGACCAGCUCGCCCAGCAUGGCCAGCCCAAGAGUGCUGCACAGUCGCGGCCGGUCCAUGGAUUCCACUCUCAAAGACAGCUCUCUCAGCUUUGCUGACUCUACCGGGCCAUCACUAACAGUCGUGUCCUCCAUGGAAGGAUUUGAUAUGUCAUCCAAAAUCGAGGGUACGCCAGGUUUGAAUGGGAAAAGUCAAAAAGAAUCCAUUGCCAGCCAAAAGCACAUGUCAACACUGCCAGCUAGCACACCGAAGGGACCUGCAUCUACGAGUCAACAGAGUCGAACCCUCCCGCACUCAAAUCCCCGGUCUUCCAUCAGCCAAUCGGAUAGCAACCUCAGGGCUUUACCACAAGUUGAUGGGGGUGGGCAGGUGCCAAAGCAGGUACAGGGGAGCCUGAAGCACAUAGCUGUUGAUAAACAGGACUCUGACAGCAUCGGUUCCAGCAGUCCAGAGCACGCACCAAACCGGCGGCAGUCCACGAAGCCAGCCCUCAUCAAGCAGCACUCGGACCUGUUGGCUGAGAGCAGAGACGUUGUCAACGAUGUGGGGCUGCUGUCGCCUGUGCAGCAAGACACGUCAGCAUCAGGCCUCUUGCUCAGUAACACCGGGGUGGGCAGACACAGAUCUGCCUCAACUUCAAGUCCAGAAGCGCUGGAUGAUAUUCCCUUAUUUGGUGGUCGUCGGGCAGCCAUGGUCAGGCGAUCACUGAGGGACAAAGAACCACCAGGCAAAGCCAGCACAGAAUUAAUGAAAGGCCGCCUUCCUGUUUACAAGCCCUCACAGCUCCUCCUCCGACCAAUCACCUUUGAGAUCCCAGGCUUCCACCAGGACAAUCCCGUGAUCGGUCGGGAGUGGCUCUUCAUUGACUUGGAGCACUCCCUCAUCAAGGACACCACCUCCAAGCUGAGGGGCGUGGUUCUGCUGGGGGAGGUGGGCACGGGAAAGACGACCAUUGUCGCCAAGCUGGUGUCGCUCAGCAUCCUGAGUCAGUUCCUGGUCAACGACAGCAGUCCCGAGAUCGCCCUUUCAGACAAGAAUAGCAACCCGCCCAAUGGAAUGAACGUCUACAGCAGCUCCAGCACGCUGACCAGGAUGCGCCAGCAGUCAGAGCAGGCCCUCAUGUCAUUGGCCUCCCAGAUCGGAGCAUUCCACGUAUGCCAGGCUGACAACAGCAUCACCUGCAUGGUGCCGGAGUUUGUCCACUCAAUGGCUGCUCAGCUUGCACACUGUCUGCAACCGUACAAAGAACUGCUCCUGACUGAGCCUCAGCUGCAGGCUCUGCUCAGCAUGCGCGACUGCACUCAGAACCCCUCGGAGGUCUUGUUCCGGGCCAUCCUGGAGCCGCUGAGCAUGCUCAAGAGCCAGGGCCGCAUCACCAUGGAGACCUGCAUCAUCCUGGUGGACGGGCUGAGCGAGGCCGAGUUCCACAAGUCGGACUACGGCGACACCAUCGCCUCAUUCCUCACCAAGAACAUCAUGAAGUUCCCGUCGUGGAUCAAGGUCAUUAUCACCAUUAGAAGCUCUCUUGUGGACAUCACCAAGAUGCUUCCCCUCCACAAAAUCUGCCUAGACAAGUCCACCACCAAUGCCACCAGUGUCUCUUCUGAGCACGUGCAGAAGGACGCCGAGCAGUACAUCAACUACAGACUGCAGCAGAGCGCGGCCGUGCGCGACAAUGUGCUGCUGAACGGCAAGCUGGAGCACUCGGGCCAGUCACGCUUUCGCAGCCACCUCCAGGCGCUCAGCCGCGGCUGCUUCCUCUACCUGAAGCUGACUCUGGACCUGAUUGAGAAGGGCCACAUCGUCCUCAAGAGCGCCAGCUACAAGGUCCUGCCCAUCAACCUCUCGGAGGUCUACCUCCUGCUCUGCAAUCUCAAGUUCCAAACAACCAGGGCAUUUGAGCGCAUCGCGCCAAUCCUGAACAUCGCCCUGGCUUCCCUGUACCCUCUCCCAGACCCGUUAAUCUUUGAUGUGAUGAACGCAGGGUACAUCACCAGCUACGUGGACAAGGAUGACUUCAGGCAGCGGAUUGAGAUGGUGUCUAGCUUUCUGUGUCUGCGGAAGGACGGCACCAGGAUGUUCUAUCACCCGUCAUUCCGAGAGUGGCUGAUUCGAAGGGAUGAAGGGGAAAGCGUCAAGUUCAUGUGCGAUCACAGAUCCGGCCAUGCCCUCUUGGCCUUCAAGCUCAGCCGCCAGUCCAAGCGACUGAAUCGAGACCAGGCCUUUGAGCUGGGCCACCACAUCCUCAAGGCGCACAUCUACAAGACGCUAGGCCGGCAGCUGGGCGGGUUCUCCGCUCGGGAGCUGCAGGCUGUCUGGAUGUACCUCAACACCGACCAGCUGUCCAACAGCUUAGCCACUAGACGCAAUCUUUUCUCUCCCAAUGUCAAGGUCAGCAGACUUCUGCUCCUAGCCGGAGCCAGCCCCAACCACCACACAGACGUCCUGAACAAUGCCCCCGUUUUGUGCGUCUCAGCCAGGGAGGGCCACACCGAGAUGGUCUCCCUCCUGCUGGAGUUUGACGCGGACGUCAACGAGGAGUGCGACCGGGGAAUGGGGCCACUGAGCUACGCGUCCGCCAACGGUCACCUGGAGAUCAUGCGCAUGUUAAUCAUCAAGAAGUCACUGGUCCUUGACACUGAUAAGAACGGUAAAUGUGCAGUUGUCCAUGCGGCCGAGCACGGUCAUCUGGCCGCCCUCAGCUUCCUCCUGCAAUGUGAUUGGACGGGCCAGGAGACAGACAAGCUGAACAGCAAGAGCGUAGCCCAGCAGGCGUUCGUGGCAGCAGCCGGGAAUGGACACAAAGAGGUGUGUGGUUUCCUGCUGGAUCUGCCAGGUCCUGAAGCUGACAGUCACCUGGUGACAGUUGAUCAGACAGAUUCACUUGUUGGAGAAACAGCCCUCACGGCAGCCUGCACCAAUGGCCGUUCCGAGGUCCUGAAGCUCCUCCUCAAGCGGAGCGCAUCGGUCCACGCCAUGAACCAGGUCCAGAUGUCCCCGCUGAUCUGCGCGGUCCGACGUGGCCACUGGGAGAUUGUGGACAUCCUGCUCUUCAACCAUGCUUCCUUGGAGGAGAGUGACCGGCAUGGUCGGACGCCGCUCAUGCUGGCGGCCGGAGAGGGCCACCUGGCUGUCCUAGAAGUGUUGCUGAGUAAAGGUGCAUCUGUCCACAAGUGCGACAAGGAGGGCCUGACGGCAUUGUGCUGGGCCUGCCUCAAGGGUCACUUCAACAUUGUCAGGUCCUUGCUGGAGAGGGGCUCGACCAUCGACCAUGCGGACAAGAAUGGCCGCACGCCGCUGGACCUGGCAGCUUUCUACGGCGAUCCACAAGUUGUGCAGUUACUGGUGGAGAAAGGUGCUACCAUUGAGCACGUGGAUAACAGCGGCAUGCGGCCCUUAGAUAGGGCCAUCGGCUGCAGAAACACAUCCGUUGUCUCAGUACUUCUGAAGAAGGGAGCUAAAUUAGGUCCUGCUGCUUGGGCCAUGGCAACCUCCAAGCCGGACAUUUUGGUUCUACUCCUCAAGAAACUCAUGGAUGAUGGAAAUGCUCUCUACAAGAAGGAAAAGUGGCGUGAGGCAUGCCACAAGUACCAGUGUGCACUCAAGAAGUACCCAACAGAGGCGUUUGGCGAUGAGAUCCGAACCUUCAAGGAGCUGAAGGUCAACCUCCUGCUGAACGUGUCCAGGUGUAAGAGGAAACUGGAGGAUAUCCCAGGAGCCAUUGAGCUGGCCACUAAGGCUCUGGAGAUCAAACCUAAGUGCUUUGAGGCGUUCUACGCUAGAGCCCGAGCCAAACGUGCUAUCAGGCAAUUUGGCCCAGCCCUUCAAGACUUACUGGAAGCCAUCAAGCUGGCCCCCAACAACCGAGAAGUUCGCCGACUCCUGGUCCGUGUCAAAGAAGAGUGCAAAGACGAAACCAAGAAGCAGAAAGAGAUCCCUGCCACCACCGCCACAACCACCACCAUUACCAAAGACUCUCCGGCUGACAACGAUCAAGGCCGGGACUCGGGGGUACCUAUCUCACAGCCUGGGAGCUCCCAGGCCUCGGAGAAUGAAAUCUCCCCGCCGGAUGCAUCCAAGAGAGAUGGGGUCCUGCCCGGUAGCGAGCCGAUACCUGUCCAGCAGCGUCAGGUGUUGUCGUCAAGUGAAGAGCAGCUCAGAACAGGGUCCAUUCCGAGAAGCAUCCCCAGCAAAAAUGUGUCCAACUCCCAGACGAUGCCCUCCAGUGCCAAGAUUGCCUACUCGGGCAUGGCCAAUUCCUACCCAGUAACUGGAACCCUGGUCAUGGGGGAUCCACACGGUCUGGAUGCAGGGAACCAGGAUAUUCAGCGACCUCUGACUUUGCAGAUUGCAUUAGGACAACCUUCAAGUGGAAGCAAGCCUGUGCAGCAGCAAGUAAGCAAACAUGUUCCACAGGAGCAGGUUUCCCGACAGCAAGUUGCAAGACAGCAGCAGCAACAGAAACCACAGCAGCAAGUAACACCAAGACAACAUACCCAGUCCUUACAACAUAGAUCGACAAAUCCAGCACAGUUUAACAACACCGCUGCCCCCAGACCAUCAGCUGUAAGAACCACCAGCCAGCCACCACCCACUGCAAACUUUAUGCCAGUGGCCUCUCACCCUGUGAACAAGCACGCACCCAGCACCAACACCCAUCCCAUGGUUGCCAACCCGAUGGCGCACCGACCACUCCCCAAACGUCCAGAUGAAGACACGGCGGUUACCAGGGUUUCCUCUGCUGGCUCCAUUCAGGGAAAUCCCACUGAGUUAGGUGCAGCAAAUCUGCAGAAUGUGUCGAGCAGAUCCUCCCAGCCACCGGUGAAGCUGAGAGCCAAGCAGCGCCGAGACAUUGGGGAGCCGGUAGUGUCCCACCGACUGAGCUACACACUGGAGAACUCAGACGAGGGCAGCCUGGAGAACCUGGCCCAGUCUGCCCCUGUACCCAAGCCUGUGGCCCACCGGGCCAUCCUACCCCGUCAGGCCUCCCCGCUGGUGGCCCAGCAGCCUGAGGCCGAUUCCCAGCACGGAGCGGUGAGGACCGUCGUCCCCCAACCGGCUAUUCAGCGUGCAGGGGCCCCACAGCAUGGGGAAGCAGGGAACGCCAACCGUCAGCAACCACCACAGCCCAUGGUGCGCCAAGGUAGCAGCGGAUCCCUUCAACCUCAGCAGAAUAUGUCGGGACAGGAGUUCCCAAGACCAUCAGCCCAGACCCUAUUCAUCGGUCCAACUGCUCUAUAACUCAAACAAACUAAACCUGUAUAUCAGCGUUCUUGUACCACAAGAGUUAAGACUAUUAGUGCUCUACGCAGUGUUCCUGACUGUGUAAUGCUGACAUGAAAAAUCUUUAAAAGUGUCCCUUUAUUCAAAGGUAAAGAAUUAAUGUUGGUUUUUUUAGUGUACAUAACUCACAGGAGGUGGUAGCAUUUAAUGCAAAGUGGAAGAGGACUGCCAGCAUGCCUGCCAACUGUUCUGAUGUUAUCAAAAUUAUUAUGAGGUUUGGGUUUUCAAAGGCCUAAAAUUGCAACAAACUGGUUUUCUGAAAAAAAAACACAAAAACAGAAGAAAGCCUCACUCACUGCACACCAUCUGGGGAGGUUGCUUUGCCCCUGGUUAUUAUGUAGAUUCCCAGAGCGUCGUGAUCUUGAUGAAUGGUAAACAAUAACAAACCACAAUACGUUUAUUCCUUAAGAUCGAAUAAGAAAUCAUUGCAACACAUCAUUGCACAAUGACCCAUGGCUUAAAUAUAAGCCCCCACCGCUGUUUCAUUUAUAUACAUUCACUGCAUAUUUAUAUGCACACAGCUUCAUCGCAUUUGUCCACCUGCUUGUCCGGUCACAGAAAGAAACAGCCAUUGGCAUCUAUGUGUUCUUACUGUCCAGUUUCCAGACCAAAAUAUUCCAGUUUUGCUUAUCACGUGUUCAGGGAUCACAAAUGAAUCAGUAUAAACAAAUGAAUAGAAGCAGGGAAUGAGACAACAAGACCCUUGCAUCUGCGUGCACCGUUGUCUGAGUUUCCGGUGUUGGCAAGUAUAUGCCAGACAGUGAAAACAGUGCCAAUUACUUCUUCUGUACAUAUUUUAAAGCAUCACAAGACGUUCAUGUUUUACUUCUCUGGAAAUAAUACUUGAUCUCUGACGAGAGUUCCUGUGCAGAGACACACUGUGUGUGCACAUGAGUUCUUGCAGGGGGGAUAUAAAUACAUUUGGUUGGCUUUCAGCUGAAUGUGCACCAAGUUUUGGUGUCUUUGCGGUCUUGAACACGUCUUUGCAGACUUGUACAUGUCCAAUGCCUUUUUUUUUUGCUGUACGCUCAGAUCCUUGACAGUAGAGUGAACAGGUUUCAGCUAUGGAUUGUACAAAUCGAUGAUUAACUGGUACACCUUCAAAGAUGAACUUGGAUUGCCUUGUUCUUGUUUGCCAGCUCUGAAAGUCUUUCUUAGUAAGCACCAUAUCUGAGGAUGGCUUGUCUGACCGAAAAGUCACUUUUCCGGGGCAAUGAUCAGAUAAGUUUUUGCAGAGUCUUAGAUUAUUUGCCUAACAGACUUCAAAUUUUGUGGCUCUGGGAUGCAUCCCCACAGCACCGGUAUGUAUUUCACAGCUAGCAAAAUAUAGCCUUCUAAGCUUCAAAAUCGCACUGUAUUUGUAACACUAACCGAAAUACCAUCAUCAUACAGAGAUUUUGUGAUAUCUUAUGGAGUUGUAAAGGUGACACUAGUUAAUCAAUACUGUAUUGAUUUGGCAAUUUUUACUCUUCAUUUCUUUGACCCCUGGAUCCAGAUUUCACCAAGCCACUAAGCAGAAAAACUGGUCAAAUGUGGAAUAUAUGUGCUUGGGAAAAAUAGGGGAGCAGCCGAAGUGCCAUGCUUGGUAUGUGACUUGUGACUGGUUCGUGUCUCAUUUUUGCUAAGCACACUCACACAAAAAGCAGCUGAGCAGUGUUUUCUGCUUUUUAAGCUGCAUCGGAAUCUGUUUGGAGCUUUGUCUAGCUCUGUGCCCAUUGAAAUUAUUCGAAAGCAUACUGACAAUAGACAUAGCCGUAGCCCUGAAAGGAUAUUGCAGACAUGGCCUUAGUUCUGUUGAAUUGGGUCAGUAUUUUUCAAACCAUUUGCUGUGUCACUAUUUGUCCGUCUUUGUUGGGGGGGCAACCUGAAAAUCUAACAUGUUGAAGUUGUGCCUUGGAAAUGUGCACUUCAUCAUGCAGUGGUUAUCCACCUUGAGAUGAAGCACCCCCUCAUUGGUUGAGAAGAGCCAUGUGGGUUGGAAGUGUUCUCUUUGUUGGCAACCACGUGACUGUUUUGCAUUUCGUAGUCGUUGGUGAACCAGUUAACUGUAGUGGUUCCGACCAAAGGGUCUGCUCAGACCUCAUUGUCUACAUUUUGAUCGUUUCAUUGCUUUUAAAGCAAAGCUUUUUUUGCACAUUAAACGUACUGAGCGAGUUCAUCUGA